AUGGGCUCUAAGUACCCGCCAUCCCUCCGAUGCUGCCUGCCCCUGUGGGCCGUCAUGCUACAGGUGGCUCUCACUCUUCUCUUCUGUUUUUUCAUCUCCUAUGACACUCUCCGAGUGGAUCAGAAGCUCCUGGUGACCUAUCAAGUUAUCCAGGAUUUGACCCUCAUGGCAGCCUUGGGCUUUGGCUUCCUUUCCUCAUCUUUUCGGAGACACAGCUGGAGCAGUGUGGCCUUCAACCUUUUCAUGCUGGCCCUCGGGGUGCAGGGGUCAAUCUUGCUGGACCACUUCCUGAGCUGGACCUCCCAAAAGAAUGCGCUCAAUCUGCUCAGCCCUGGGCUGAGCAUCCGGAAAGCCACCAUGAGCACGAUGCCUGUGCUCAUCUCAGCCGGUGCCGUCCUUGGGAAGGCCAACUUGGUGCAGCUGGCCGUGAUGGUGCUGAUGGAGACAGCGGCCUUCGGAGCCACCAGAUUUGCUGACAAGCAGGUCUUCCAGGUGGAAGACCACACGAUCAUGAUGCACGGGCACAUGUUCGGGGCCUAUUUUGGGCUGCUCGUGGCCUGGUGCCUCUCCAGGUCUCUGGCCAGGGGAGUGGAUGAGAAGGUCCAGACAGAGAAGGUUCAGAUGGCCACAGGCUCCAGUCUGUUUGCCAUGCUUGGUACCCUCCUCUUGUGGAUAUUCUGGCCAAGUUUCAACUCCGCUCUGGUGGAAUUGACAGAUAAAAAGAAUGCUGUGCUCAACACCUACUACGCCCUUGCGGUCAGCACAGUGACAGCCACCUCCAUGUCAGCCCUGAGUCACCCCCAGGGCAAGAUCAACAUGGUUCAUAUCCACAAUGCAGUCCUGGCAGGAGGCGUGGCUGUGGGUGCCCCAUGUUCCCUGAUUCCUUCUCCUUGGAUUGCCAUGGUGCUGGGCCUCACAGCUGGGCUGAUCUCCAUUGGGGGAGCCAAGUGCCUGCCGGUGUGUUUGAACCACAUGCUGCAGAUCCAGAACCCCGGUGGGAUCCACUACACCUUCGGCUUGCCGGGUGUGCUAGGAGCAGUCACAUACAUUCUGCUGAAAACUAGGAAGAACAGCUACUCCAUAUUCGAUGUAAACCAGAUGAUCAUUGACUUCGGGGCUCUGAGCUUCGCUCUGGCGAUGGGAAUGGCGGCUGGACUCCUAACAGGUUGGCUCCUAAAUAUCAAAGUGUGGAGGGCUCCCCACGCAACCAAGUACUUUGAUGAUCAGGCUUUCUGGGAGUUCCCUCACUUGGCUGUUGGAUUUUAA